CCGGUGACUUCACACAGGGAUUAGUCUCCUUGCAUCUGUCCUCGCCUGAAUGGACAGGGAGACUUUCGCGUGUGCCACGAAGUUUUUCCGCGACUACAGCGGCCCGACGCGGGGCGCCGCCUGCCAGCCUCACAACCAUGUGGACUACAUCGAGAAGCCGGAGACGUUCACCUACGCGGAUUUUUUCAAGGAUUACUUGAUCCCCAACGACCCUUGCGUCUUCUCCGCCAAGUUCACGGAGGGCUGGGCCAGCCGGAGGAAGUGGGUCACGCCGGACGGGAAACCCAACCUGGAUUAUCUCCUGCGAACCUUCGGCGAGGCUGUAGUCCCCGUGGCCAACUGCGAUGUCAAGGAGUACAAUUGUAACCCAAAGGAACACCUUAAGCUCAAGGAGUACAUAAGCUAUUGGAAGGAACACAUUAAAAAAAGCUAUCGCUCUGCCCGCGGAUGCCUUUACCUCAAGGAUUGGCACCUGCAAAGGACAUUUCCGGAUCAGGAAGUCUACACCACGCCGAUCUACUUCUCCUCUGAUUGGUUGAAUGAAUAUUGGGAAGCCAUCGCUGUGGAUGACUACCGGUUUGUCUACAUGGGACCUAAAGGCUCAUGGACACCCUUCCACGCCGACGUCUUCCGCUCUUACAGCUGGUCAGCCAACAUCUGCGGCAAAAAGAAAUGGCUGGUUUUCCCCCCAGGCCAAGAAGAGUUUCUGAAAGACCACCAUGGUCACCUGCCGUUCGACAUCACUGCUCCCGACCUGAAGAACGGCUCCCUGUAUCCUCGCUACGCUCAGAGCAGCCCUCCGGUCGAAAUCAUACAGGAAGCUGGCGAGAUCGUCUUCAUCCCGAGCGGUUGGCACCAUCAGGUUUACAAUCUGGAAGAUACCAUCUCCAUCAACCACAACUGGGUGAACGGAUGCAACGUGGCCAUCAUGUGGAGCUUCCUCCAGGACGAACUCGCCGCCGUCCAGCGGGAGAUCAAAGAAUGGAAAGAGAGCAUGGAAGACUGGCACCUGCAAUGCCAGGUGCUGAUGAAGUCCUACACGGGCAUCGACUACAAAGAAUUCUACAACUUCCUGAAGAUCAUUGCGGAAAACCGCAUCUUCGUGCUGGAGCACCACCACUCCGAAGAUGACGCCUCCAAGCGCUCAUCCAGGGCCGCCCUCUCCAGCCUGGGGAUGCUCCACGCGGUGUUCGACCUCAAAAGGACCGCAAAAGUCUUGGCCUCCUUGAACGCCAACGAAGAAUUCAAGAAGCUCAAGCCCGAAGCCCUCUCGCCCUGCCCGCAGGCUCUCCUGCACCGCCUGAAGGCCGCGAUCGACACGGCCCUCCUCUGAAGCCCCCCCGGCGAGCGCUUUCGGUCUGCAAACGGCCUUUCCUUUGCAAGAUGGCUGCAUGCAAGUAUUAUCCUCUUUCCCCCCCC